AUGGUCGAGGUCGAAGACUUGCGUUAUAUCGCCGCACCAAUGGUCAACCAGAGCGACUUCCCGUUCCGCCAGCUGACGAGAAGGUACGGCGCGACGCUGGCCUACACGCAGAUGCUGGCCCCCGAACGCCUAAUCAACGACCAGGAUUAUCUCGAGACCCAUCUGCGCGAUCUGUGGGAAAAGCACGUACAAGAAGAAGCCAGAAGUCACAUGCACGCGUCACACCGUGUCUGCGCACAGACAACCAGGAACGCGCCUCCUGUUGUCGUCCAGCUGUGCGGUAACGACCCAGAAACGAUCGUGCGGGCGGCACGCACCGUCCAGCAGCAUUGUGAUGGCAUCGAUCUGAACCUCGGCUGCCCGCAAGAGCACGCCCGCGAGGGUCACUACGGAGGAUAUCUCCUCGGAAGAAAGGACUGGCCUCUAGUUCAAAGCAUAGUUCCCGUCUCCACCAAGAUCAGACUAUGCCAACAUGCGCCUGAUACGCUCCCUCUCGGCACUCUCCUCGAGGCCUCGGGGACGUCGUGGGUCACUUUGCACGCCCGCCAUGUCUCCGCACGGAGGCGGAGGCAAGGAGUUGCGGAUCUACAAGUGGUGAAGGAGCUAAAGGAUUCGCUUCGAAUACCAGUCAUCAGUAAUGGAAACGUGCGCACGUGGAACGACCUACAAGACAAUCGUACAUAUACCAGCGCGGAUGGAUGUAUGGUGGGCGAGACGCUGUUGGGAAACCCAUGUAUAUUCGCAAACAUAGUUCCAGAUCCAGUCCAGAUAUCGCUCGAGUACUUGGAGUUAUGCAGGGAACACCAAGGAUGUGCGACCAUCCACGAUGUUCGAGCGCAUGUGCGGCGAUUUGUUGAGCACCAGUGCUCGCGGAAACCUUGGUAUGCAAAAUUCCGAGUGGCCAUCAACCAAACUGAAAGCAUAGAAGAUAUCGAGUCACUGUUGCUGACAAAAGUCAACCGUUGGAGGGGAAAAGCUCGCCGUAUCAAAUCCACGAAUGACAACAGUAGCGAAGACACAGAACAAAAGGAGCACCUCGACCCCAAAGGAAGACUCGAUGACGAACUCACAGGCCUCAGCUUACUUGGAUGA